AUCUAGAUUACCUGUCAACCGAAUCACGAGAUCUAUUUGCUAUUAAAUCUUGUGCCUGGUAGGAAUCAGUCUUGUGCGAGUGUUUAGCUUUCAUGCAAUUUGGCACUGAUACACAAGAGAACAUUUUCACCAUGGCUGUUCGCGGGAAAUUAAUUUCCAUUAUCGGUGAUGAAGAAACGUGCGUAGGCUUCCUUAUGGGAGGAAUUGGUGAGAUGAAUAAAGAACGGCAGCCUAAUUUCAAGGUCGUCGAUAAAGACACGCCUGUGUCGGAGAUCGAGGAGACUUUCCGAGCGUUCGUCAAGCGACCCGAUGUGGCGAUUAUUUUGAUCAAUCAAAGUGUCGCUGAUAUGAUUCGGCAUGAGAUCGAUCGGCACACUAGUAGUAUUCCUUCUAUUCUUGAGAUACCUUCGAAGGAUUCCCCGUACGACCCUAAUAAAGAUUCGAUCUUAAAACGUGCUAAGGGCAUGUUUUCUGGCGGAGGUGAUUAACUUGACUUCAAGAUGCGUGCCACUUUUCAAUACGGUAGUUCCAUAUGGAUUUAAUUUACUCGAAUAUGAAUAGCAGGUACAGAUUACACGUUACAGGACGAGACGAUGACUGAAAAACAAUAUUGAAGAAUGAAUAUGUACUCAUGCUGAUGUGUCCUGAUGAUUAGAAACAGAUAUGUAUAUGGUUGACAGGAAAGAGACAAUAAAGUAACUCAGAUAGGGCCUAGUAUUAGGAUUGGUAUAGUAACACAAUUUUAGCUCUCAUAAAUAUUAGGUCGGAAAGCAAAAAUCACUGCCUGCUUGUGGCAUGUAGCUUGGAUUGAAAAAGUACGAGGCGCCAUUUAAGUAGCUUGUUAAUUAAUUCAUGUAAAUAUAUAAGCGCCUGGAAGACAUUUACAUGAGUGAGUUGCAAGUACUUCCAUGUGCAUACUGAUGUCUUCGUCCCUAAAACGGUACAUGUUAAUAACCACCAUUUAAGCAGAAUGAAAAUGUAACCAGGCAUAGGCCUUUAGAAAAUCUAUGACUACCAAAAGGACUCACCUACUAGAAAAACACUUGUUCUGUGUACACAUUACAAUUAAGGAUUUCGGGACGUGGCGUCAAUAUGCAUUCCAACAAAAUAGUGAGCUGAACAUAGCAAAAAAAGGCUAUUUAUGAUAGUAUAAAAAGUAGUUAUUUUUACUUAUUUUUGUUGUUUUCCAACUCCGUUGCGUUAAGCAAUAAAAAGUUUACGGUAAAAACAGA